AUUGGGGAAACAGUCACUCCAGACGUGGUGUACAAAAAAAAAAGUUUUUUUGUUGUUGUUGUUUUAGUUUAUUCUCAAGAUGGAUCAGAAUACAGCUUACCAGUUAUUUGUCGCCACAUACCACCCUGACCCUAAUGUUCACAAGCAGGCUGAAUUGAACAUUAGAAACAUUGAGGCAAACAAUGGUUUCUUGCCUAUUGUUUUACAAAUCCUCGCCUCUGAGGAACUUGAGUUAGGUGCCCGUCAAGCAGCUGCUAUUUAUUUCAAGAAUCGCUUGAACAAAGCUUGGGAUGGAGAACGUGAAUCUGCUGUUCCAAUUAAUAAUGACGAUCGUAACAUGGUGAAGCAAACUAUUCUUCAAGCUCUCGUCACUGCUCCCAACCAAGUCCAAGUUCAACUUACUUCCACUUUAAACACAAUUUUGACAAACGAUUUCCCAGAUAACUGGCCCAACUUCGUCAGCGAGCUCGAAAGACUCUUGACCUCAACCGACGUUCGUUUGGUAUAUGUUGGAUUAUUAGCUUUGAGAGAAGUAGUCAAGGUUUAUCAAUGGAGAACUGGUGCUCGCCGUGAGCCUUUCAGACAACUCAUCAAGUUGACAUUCCCCGCUAUUCAGAUUAUUUGUUCCAACCUUAUUUCAUCUGAUAGCAUUGAAGCUGCCGAGAUGCUUAAAUUGGCUCUCAAGAUUUAUCAUUCUGGUAUUCAAACCGAAUUCCCCAAGAGUCUUCAAGAUCCUUCCUCUCUUGUUCCUUGGGGUACAUUGUUCUUGCAGUUAAUUGAAAAGAAGAUCCCCAACGAAGCUUUACCUACUGAUGCUGAUGAACGUGAGAGAUAUCCUUGGUGGAAGACCAAGAAGUGGGCUUACCAUUGUCUCAACCGUCUUUUCUCCAAGUAUGGAAACCCUGCUACUAUGCCUCGUAGUACUCCUGAAUACAAUGCAUUUGCCAAGGGUUUCUCUGCUAAUUUCGCACCUAACAUUGUUGGCGCUUAUUUGGGACAAAUUGAACUUUGGAUCAAGAAAGAAAUCUGGAUUCCCAGCAAGUGUUUGGCUUUAACCUCUUCCUUCUUCGCUGAUUGUGUCAAGAAUAAGGGCACCUGGCAAUUAUUGAAGCCCCAUGUGGAAACUUUAGUGGCACACUUUAUUUUCCCUCAACUUUGUUUCUCUGAAGAAGAUCAAGAACUUUGGGAUGAAGAUCCAGUUGAAUUUGUGCAUAAAAAGGUUGAUCCCUUGGAAGAUUUCCAUUCACCUCAAACCAAUGCCAUGAAUUUCUUGAUUGAUUUAGCUCGCGACCGUAAGAAGUAUACAUUCAUGGGCAUCUUGAACUUUGUAAAUGGUAUUCUCAACAAGUAUUUGGAAGCACCCGAAGAUCAAAAAGAUCCCAAAGAAAAGGAUGGUGCUCUCUGUAUGAUUGGUGGUUUAUCUUACCAAGUCUUGCAAAAGAAAUCUCCCGUUGCUAAUAUGAUGGAACCUUUCUUCGUCACCCAUGUCUUCCCCGAAUUCAAGAGCAAACACCCCUUCUUGAGAGCUCGCGCCUGUGAUUUGACUAGACAUUUCAGUGAUUUGGAUUUCGCUAAUGAGCAAAAUUUGGCUACCUUGUAUCAAUCUGUUACUGAUUGUAUUCGUGACACAGAAUUAGCCGUCAAGGUCCAAGCCGCUCUUGCCCUUCAACCCAUGAUUCGUCAUGAAAGUGUUCGUAACGCUAUGGCUCCUAACCUUCCUUUUAUCAUGCAAGAAUUAUUGAAUUUGACCAACGAAAUUGAUAUUGAUACCUUAGCUAACGUGAUGGAAGAAUUUGUCGAAGUUUUUGCUACACAAUUAACACCUUUUGCCGUCCAACUCUGUACUCAAUUACGUGACACUUUCUUACGUAUCAUGGAGGAAUUAAACCAAAGCAACACAUUAAACAGUGCUGAUGAUGAUGAUUUCACUGGAGAUAUUGAUGAAUUAAGCGACAAGACAAUGGCUGCUAUGGGUGUCUUAAAGACCAUCGGUACUUUAAUUCUCAGUCUCGAAAGUACACCUGAAAUUCUUCAACAACUCGAAAAUGCGCUUUUACCGGUCAUCACAUAUACUUUAGAAAAUAAGAUUUUGGAUUUAUAUGACGAAAUUUUCGAAAUCAUCGAUUCUUGUACAUUCUCUGCUAAGCGUGUUACACCUACUAUGUGGAGCGUAUUUGAGUUGAUCUAUGGUGCCUUCAAGGACUCCGGUAUUGAUUACAUGGAUGAAAUGCUGCCACCUUUGGAUAACUACAUUUCAUACGGUAAAGAUGUGUUUGUUGCAAACGAACAUGUCCAAAACAUGAUGUUUGAUAUUAUUGAUACUGUCAUGAAGAGUGACCGUGUUGGCGAAACCGACCGUAUCUGUGCAUGUAAACUUAUGGAAUCUGUGUUAUUGAACUGUCGUGGUCAUGUAGAUAAAUGUGUCGGUCCUUUCCUCAAUUUAGCAUUCCAAUACAUCUUUACUGGAUCUAUGAAGACUGCUGAAUUCAAGGUUCACUGUAUUGAGGUCGUUGUUAACUGUAUCUAUUAUAAUCCUGUCUUGACACUCCGUCUUUUGGAAGAAAAUAAUUGGACUCAAGGAUUCUUUACAUUAUGGUUCCAAACACUCUCUAAAUUCUCUCGUGUUCAUGAUAAGAAAUUAGUUAUUGUUGCUAUUUGUGCCUUGUUAGAAUUACCCACUGAAAUGAUUCCUACAUCGCUUCAAGCCGGUUGGUCGCAAAUUUUGUCAUGUUUGAUUACCGUGUUCCAAACCUUACCCAAGGCUAUGGAAAACCGUGAGAACAUGGAGAAGUUAUAUGGAGAUUAUGAUGAAGAUGAUUUCGGAGAAGAUGAUUUCAGUGGAUUUGAAGGUGCUAGUGGAGAUGAAGAAGAGUUUGAAGAGGCAGAAGAUGAUGAUGUGCCUGAUGAAGACAACGAAUAUCUUGAAUAUCUUGCUAGUCAAGCAGCAUCACACAAUGGAGAAAAUAAUGAUUUUGAUGAAUAUGAAGACGAAGAAGAUGAAAUUGAAGAAGAAAUCUUAUUUGAAUCACCUUUAGAUGAAAUUGAUCCUUAUACUCGCUUCGAAGAAGUCUUUAGAAAUAUGCAGCAAAACAAUACUGCUUCUUAUACUCUCUUAACUAAGGACUUAAAUCCUGAACAACAAGCUCAAAUCAUGACUAUCUUGAGUACUGCCGAACAACAUCGUACAGCUCCUGCUGCCGCUGUUGCACCUCCCUCAAAAAACUAACUAAAAAAAGAUUUUUUACCCUUUAAUUAAUUUCUUUGUUCUCCCUUUCUCUCUCUCUCUCUCUCUCUCUCUGCAUCACAAAACUCCCCCUUUUAGAAUUAUAAUAAAAAAAUAUCACUUCAUUGUUUAAA